CGAGUAGAGUCUUAUGAGCAGUGCAUGGUUGAGUUGUAGAGCUCCGCAACGAUUUAAAGCUGACAGACAGCCAGCAUGGGUCGGCGCUCCUCUGACAGUGAAGAUGAUGGUCGAAGCAGGAGGAAGAGAAAACAGCGUCGCCGUUCAUCCUCCUCUUCCUCUUCUUCAUCCUCAUCCUCCGGCAGCAGGGUGACUAGCAGCCGGAGUCGCAGAUCCAGUCGACGGAGCCGAUCUCGCUCCAGGGACAGGGACAGGGACAGGAGGAGAAGACGACGUUCCAGCAGCAGUUCGUCCCGCAGUUCAUCUCGCAGGAGGAGGAGUCGCAGUGCAGCAAGAGACAAAGGGAGGAGCCACCGCUCAUACAGGUCACGCAGCCGAGACAGGAGGUCUCACUCUCGCCACCGACGGUCUCGCAGUAGAAGUGGCAGCCGCGGCCGGCGAGGAAGCCACAGCCGCAAAAAGAGCCGCAGCCACAGUCGCCGAAGGAGCCGCAGCCACAGCAGAGAGCGGGACCGGAGCCGGCGCAAGGGCCGCGACCGGGAGAAGGAGAAAGAGAAGGAGAGGGACAGAGGAAGAGACAGAGACAAGGACAGAGAGAAGGACAAGAGUAAAGACAAGGCAGACAAGAAGGGGGAUGCCGGGAACAUCAAAGGCAGAUUAGAACAUCUGACUCCAGCAGAACAAGCUAAAGUUCGAAUGCAUAUGGUCCUGCAGGCUGCAGCUAAGACGGAUGAGGUGCUGAGGGCCAAAGUAGCCAAGAGAGAGGAGGAGGCCCGGAAGAAAUUAGAAGAAGAGGGAACUUCUCUGGAGGAGCAAGUGCGAAGGAUAAAGGACAUUGAGGCCAUCGAGAGUGAUUCCUUUGUUCCUCAGGCUUUCAAAUCAUCCAGGGAUGAUAUAAAGACUGAGCCAGCUGAGGUGAAGCAGGAGCCAGAGAGGGCAGAUUCUCAGGAUGUAACUCUUCCCAUGUCCAUAGUCUAUAACGACACUGACACACUCGCCCAUCCCAGUUUAUUCAUGGACAAGGACAAAGCAGAGGAGCUGUGGCUGAACCGCCUGGUCUCGCUGCGACAGGAGAGGCUCAUGGGAAGUCCUGUGACCUGAAAGACACCAGAAACUCAGAACAUCUUUCCUGUUUCCUAGACACAUUCAAUCCAGAUCUACACCUCAUUCAAUCAUUUGAGUUUGCUUUUAUUAUGUCUCAAUCCCUGUCAUAAUCUGUCUAGUUUUAGGCCAUCAUAAUGUUUCUUAUUUUACCCCUCCAAUAAUUUCUCUGACCAGUUGUAAAACACUUGUGAGAAUUUGAGCAAAUGAAAGGUUUUUGGUCCUGAUGUGCUUAUUAUUUUUAGUAAUGUUAAUGGAAUUCAGUCAAUCUGCUGUUCUUUAAUUAGCUUCAUUUAUUUUUAAUGGAGAUCUAACAGUCAGAUUAAGUGAUAAAUUUUACCAUGUAGAUGUAGAAUUUGAUACAUUUUUGUCUUUUGUAAUAAACUCAGUUAAUAAAGA